CGUUGGCAGGGAGUUGGAUCAGAAAUGAAGAGCUGGGGCUAGAACUCACACUGUCGGGGAUGCCGGCAUCACGGGCUGAGGUCAGUCAGCUACUUCACAGCCCUGGCCCCAGUAAACUUCUUAACUGCCUUGAUCUUUAAAAGAGAGUAAUAAUAAUUGGGUAAACCAUGGAGUGGGGCUGGAAAUGCUGGCUGUGCUAACACGAAUCCGCAGCUUUAUCCUCUGUUCCUGGUUAGAUUGUGAGACUCACCAUUUCACCUUUUGCAGAACUUGGCCACGGACAACUUCCACCAACUUGUUUUAUGACAGGUGGACUGAUGAAGUAAUAGAGAAAUCUCCCUUUGUUGAAGGUAUUCCAGAACGUGAGGGUGGUCUUGUGGUGUGCCAGGCUCUUUGAGCCUGGUUGGACACAGUCGAGUGGCAACUUUGUGCAGGGCACCGCGUCACAGGGACCGCGGCUGCAUGGAUCUGAUCCCUCACCCUCAUCUGCCUGUGGAAAGGAUUGUCGACAAAAGGAAAAACAAAAAGGGGAAGACGGAGUACCUCGUCCGCUGGAAAGGCUACGACAGCGAGGAUGACACAUGGGAGCCCGAGCAGCACCUGGUGAACUGCGAGGAGUACAUCCACGACUUCAACAGGCGCCACUCGGAGAGGCAGAAGGACGGCACGCUCGCCCGGGCCAGCCGGAGCUCCCCCAGCAAUGCCCGGAAGCAGAUCUCCAGGUCUACCAACAGCAGCUUCUCCAAGGCCUCUCCUAAGGCCCUGGUGAGCGGCAAGGACCCCGAGGCCAAGAACAGCCAGCUGUUUGCUGCCAGCCAGAAGUUCAGGAAGAACUCGGCCCCGGCACUGGCCGGCCGGAAGAACAUGGACCUGGCCAAGUCAGGCAUCAAGAUCCUUGUGCCUAAGAGCCCCAUUAAGAGCAGGACCGCGGUGGACGGCUUUCCGAGUGAGAGCCCCGAGAAGCUGGACCCCGCCGAGCAGGGUCCCGAGGACACAGUGGCGCCGGAGGUGGCGGCAGAGAAGCCUGUCGGAGCCUUCCUGAGCCCUGGUGCGGAGCGAGCCCGCAUGGGAAGCAGGCCCCGAAUACACUCACUGGUGCCUCAGGUGGCUGGUCCUGUGACCACAGCCAUGGCCACGAGCUUAACCAUCAAUGGGAAAGGUCCCUCUCCAUUCAUGGAUGUGUUGACAGCCAAUGGGACGGCCAACAUACAGACAUCCGUGACAGGAGUGACCACUGGGAAAAGGAAAUUUCUGGAUGAAAGGAGAGAUCAGCCUUUCGACAAGCGGCUGCGUUUCAGCGUGCGGCAGACAGAGAGCGCCUACCGGUACAGAGACAUCGUCGUCAGGAAGCAGGACGGCUUCACCCACAUCCUGCUCUCCACGAAGUCCUCUGACAACAACUCUCUCAACCCAGAGGUGAUGAAGGAGGUCCAGAGUGCCCUGGGCACGGCGGCUGCCGACGACAGCAAGCUGGUGCUGCUCAGCGCCGUGGGCAGCGUCUUCUGCUGUGGCCUCGACUUCAUUUAUUUUAUCCGACGCCUGACAGAUGACCGAAAACGAGAAAGCACUAAGAUGGCAGAAGCCAUCAGGAACUUUGUGAACACAUUCAUUCAGUUCAAGAAGCCUAUCAUUGUAGCAGUGAACGGCCCGGCCAUCGGGCUGGGCGCCUCCAUCCUGCCCCUCUGUGACGUGGUAUGGGCCAACGAGAAGGCCUGGUUCCAGACCCCCUACACCACCUUCGGGCAGAGCCCCGACGGCUGCUCCACCGUCAUGUUCCCCAAGAUCAUGGGAGGCGCCUCCGCGAAUGAGAUGCUGCUCAGUGGGCGGAAGCUGACCGCGCAGGAGGCGUGUGGCAAAGGCCUGGUCUCACAGGUGUUUUGGCCGGGGACCUUCACCCAGGAAGUCAUGGUUCGGAUUAAGGAGCUUGCCUCGUGCAAUCCAGUUGUGCUGGAGGAGUCCAAGGCACUGGUGCGCUGUAACAUGAAGGUGGAGCUGGAGCAGGCCAACGAGCGCGAGUGCGAGGUGCUGCGCAGGAUCUGGGGCUCGGCCCAGGGCAUGGACUCCAUGUUGAAGUACCUGCAGAGGAAGAUCGAUGAGUUCUGACGGGCGCCCCGGCCUCCUGUCCCGGCGCCUGCUCUGGAAACAGGCUGCAAGACGUCCAAGCUAUUUAUUAUCGAGGAGUUUUUAAAGUACUGUAACUUGAAAAUAAAUAACUACAAAGUCCUCUGUCCGCCGUCACUCUUUGUAACUCACCUAUGCGCUGGAAGAGCCCGCGUGCCGGCCGCCCCUUGGGGAGCUUGGGCUGCUUCUCCGUGGCUGGUAUUGUAUGUAAAAAAGCGAAAAUGUCUGUUUUAUUUGGGGUGACAGAAGAAUGUUCUCCUUGUAGGACACAGCCUUGAAGGGGAGUGAUCACCCGCGCCCGCCCCGGGGUGAGCGCACAGCAGCCUGCGGUCCAGGGCGCAGAGCCCUCCCGGUGUGGGCCCCUGUGCCAGCCGGGCACUUCCCGCCCGGAGAGCAGAGGGGGCUGCUGUCUGCCAGGCAGGAAGCUGUGUUAGCCAACAACUGGUCCGCCCCCAAGUAUGCCAGAGUUCCGAGUUAGCCUUCUUGGGGUUUUUAAAUAGUUUUUCUGACCCCCUUCUUGAAAUAAAUAACUACGUAAGUGCUUCUUGUUGCUGGGUUGAGAAAUACUACUUUAUAUACCGUUCCUGGGAUUUCUAUUUGCAGCUAUGGUUGAUGUAUUACACCAAAAAAAAAGUAUUUUUAUGUUUAUAAAGUGUAAUUUUUAGGUUCACUUAGAAUAUAUUUUAUUUAAUAAGUUAAAAUUCUUUGGCACACUAUUAAAUGCAAGAACUCCUUUCGAAACAAAAAGCAACUACCUUCCGGGCAGCAGUUCCUGUAAUGGUCUCUGCCCUUCUUGUGUGCGAUUCCACACCGUGCAGCGUGGCGCCCACGAGCGCCUUGCCCACGCGUGUCCCCACCAGGGGUGGAGGGCCAGGUGCCCGGCGCCAGGCGCCCCAGGGCACAGCCUGCAGUCCUUAUUGAAUGUAUGAAGAAUGAAAUCAAAUCAGAAACCUUAUUUUUGUACAGUUUUGCGGUUUAUACUUAGAACUGACCACCUCCCAGCCACGCGGAGAGCUGUACAGUGUGUAAAUCUCCCUGCCUUGGACUGGUCCAGUAUUUUUGCAUCUGUGGGACCUACUUUUUCGUUGAGUAAUUUGGACUAUAUAUAAACUGUACAAUCUGUAAAGUUUUUAUAGAAUGAAUAUUCAGCUGUGAAAAAACUGGUUAAAUAAAACUAAUAUUUCUUAACA